AUGGCUAGACCAUCAACAAUCCUCUUCCGACCCAUCCUCCUUAGACCCAAUGCUGCUGUUCCUGCGAUAAGUAGAUCAGCAGCCGGAAUUGCCAUCCGUUUUGCCUCUUCUUCUUCAUCAACCAAGCCAGCCACACCAUCUCAAUCUAGGACAUCUACCUCAUCUACACCCUUGCCCCUUCCAUGGCCUGAAUAUUUAGGAUUACGAAAACAGCGCAGACUAUGGUCAAGUGUCACGACCAUACCUACUACUUUCCUUGGGCUGUUCUUGGGUGGAAGCUACUUUGCGAGCUUGGAAUCGGAUCCUAGUCAGUUGAUCAUGGGGAUUGAAGCUAUGUAUGUAUACGGAGGUGCGACAUUGGGAUGUAUGGCCCUCGGUUACCUAGCAGGCCCAACAGUCGGAUCAUCCCUCUUCUCCCUCACUCACCGAUCGAUAUCCGCAGGUAAGAACUCGCCACUGGAAAUCAUGGAUAGGGAGUUUUACAAUAGGAUAAAGAGGAAUAGGGCAGAUCCGACCUUACAAUCUGCUCAGAAUAUAAGUCCUGAUUUCUAUGGUGAGAAGAUCACCUCCCUUUCAACUUACCGAAGAUGGUUGAGAGACCAGGCUGUAUAUAAGAGGAAGGCGAUGCACGGUGUGCCUGCUGAAGAUGCCUGA